CUUCCUCAUCAACUCACAAAUACAUCGAGGAAGCCAAAAAUGAAGAUAUCCAGUAUCAUCCUUGUCUUGCUUUUUAUGCUUCCCUUUGCAUUUGCCCACCUGAGGGUUGGAUUCUAUCGCAGAAGCUGCCCAUCUGCCGAGACCAUCGUCCGUCAUGCCGUGCUGAGGCGCUUCAAACACCACAGAUUCAUCACCGCCGACCUCCUUCAAAUGUACUUCCACGAUUGCUUUGUUAGAGGAUGCGACGGCUCCAUACUAAUAGACCCAAGGAGGGGAAACGCAUCGGAGAAACAAGCACCGCCCAACAUAAACCUCGAUAGCUUUGAGUUGAUCGACGACAUAAAGAGAGCCUUAGAAAAAGCCUGUCCUUCCACAGUUUCGUGCGCAGAUAUCCUAACGCUGGCCACAAGGGACGCGGUGGCUCUAGCGGGAGGACCCAGAUACAACGUUCCCACAGGCCGCCGAGAUGGGCUGGUGUCCAAUCCUAAAGAAGUUAACGUGCCAAAAUCAUCUUUCUCAGUGUCUCAGGCGUUCGAAUCUUUCAGAGCAAAAGGGUUUUCGUUGAAGGAGAUGGUGACUCUUCUGGGAGCACACACGGUGGGCUUCACUCACUGCAGCUUGGUUCGAGGCAGGCUGUCCAGUUUUGGAAGGCGUGAUCCUACUAUGGACCCUGCUCUGAAUGCUAAGCUGGUACGAACGUGUGGGUCAGCGAGACGGCCGGCGAGGAACAAUCCCCAGAUAGUGUUGGACCAAAACACGUCGUUCGUAUUUGAUAACGAGUACUACAGGCAGAUCAGGAAGAGGAGAGGGGUGCUUCAUAUUGACCAGCAAUUGGCUGUGGAUAAGUCGUCCAGGGGCAUUGUUGCGGGUUUUGCGGCGAAUGGUGAGAGUUUUAAGCGAAGCUUCGCAAAUGCUAUGAUCAAGCUGGGAAGCCUUGACGUUUUGGUCGGAAAAUCUGGGGAGAUCAGGAAGAAUUGCCGGGCUUUUAAUCAUCAUCGUUAGGCUAAUGUAUUUGCACAGUCGUAUUCAGAGCUAACGUAGGCCGCUAUCCUUAUCCGAGUAAUCAUUUGCCUCGUUGUAUCCCACUCACCUUUCCCAGACGUGGUGGGCUCGUUGUUUUGGACCGAUUUGAUUUUUAUAUCUCUCUCCGUUGUUUUUU